AUGCCAGACGAGGAGAAAGCGGCCGACGACCAGUCGAAGCCUGGUGCCGACGCCGACUUGCACAUUACGUUCCACGGCGUUGAUGAUAACGAUGAGCGCCAGAGACGAGGGCCGGGAAUUGGACGCUCGACUAGUCGCGCAUCAAGUCGCAGCUCGCGCCGUCGCCUGCCCCAGACUUCGCCGUAUGCUGGUAUUCCAAUCCAGUAUCGCACACUCUCCAUCCAUGAGUCCGAAUCGCGUCGCGUUGAAGCGGUAGCUGCGGACGUUGCAGGAGACAAAUCCGAAAAGGGCAUCCGGAAGGAGGACCAGGACUACUUUGCCGCCUUGAACUAUCACCAGCUCAGCACCGACAUCAUCUGCCAGCAGCUCAACGUUUCUCAAGAUGCCGGACUGUCGUCGGCGGCGGCAAAGACGAGGAUAGAACGCGAUGGGCCCAACGUCAUGCCGCAUCCCAAAACAAACUACUUCAAGAAGAUCCUGCUGUAUCUCUUUGGCGGCUUCUGCUCCGUGCUCUGGGUCGGCGUCAUCGUCUUCUUUAUCUGCUGGCAGCCGCUCAGCGAUCCGCCCAGCCCCACGAACCUCGCCCUGGCCGUGCUGAUCCUCAUAGUCAUCAUCCUCCAGGCCGGCUUCUCUGCGUUUCAAGACUGGUCCACCUCCAACACCAUGAAGAGCAUCCAGAACCUCCUCCCCUCGGAAACGCUGGUGAUUCGCGACGGGCAGGAAAUGCGCCUGCCGGCGAGCGAGCUCGUCGCCGGCGACCUGGUCCGCAUCUCGAUGGGCAACAAGGUCCCCGCCGACAUGCGGCUGGUCAGCACCUCUGGCGACAUCCGCUUCGACAGGGCCAUGCUGACGGGCGAGUCGGACGAGGUCGAGGGCGCCGUGGACGCGACGGACGAGAACUUUCUCGAGACGCGCAACAUUGCGCUGAUGGGCACGCUGGUGGUCAACGGAAGCGGCACCGGCGUCGUGGUGCUGACCGGCACCCGCUCCGUCAUGGGCCGCAUCGCGCAGGCCAUGUCCAAUGUUACCGAGAAGGAGACACUGAUCCAAAGGGAGAUCGUUCGAUUCGUCAAGAUCAUCGUCUGCUUCACCGUCGCGCUGGCUUCGAUUAUCGCCAUCGCCUGGGGCGCGUGGCUGCGCAAGGAUCACCCGGGCUUCAUGUCGGUCGUCGCCAUGCUCAACAACGUCAUGGGUUGUGUGGUCGCCUUCAUCCCCGAGGGAAUGCCUAUCGCCGUCAGUCUGACGCUCAUGAUAGUCGCCAGGAGGAUGAAGGCCAGCAACAUCUUGCCCAAGGGACUGUCUACAGUCGAGACCUUGGGCUGCGUCAAUGUCGUCUGCUCAGACAAGACUGGCACCCUCACACAGAACAAAAUGACCGUCUCAUCUGUCGCCUUCGUUGACGGUGAAUGUGGGCCAGAUGAUGUGUUUGAGUGCAGGGAAGGGGAACAGGCGGCCAUGGCCCACGCCCUCAAGCUGCAAGAAGCCGCCGUGCUCUGCAACGAUGCAACCUUUGAGCCCACGUCUACACACCUGCCCAUCGACGAGCGUGCAGUCCGAGGCAACGCUACAGACGCUGCCGUCCUUCGUUUCGCCGCACAGGGCGAGCACAUCAGCCAGGUGCGGACAAGGAAGCCCGACUUCAAGGUGCCUUUCAACUCGAAGAACAAAUGGAUGCUCACCAUGUUCGGCGACGGCAAAUCAACCCCCGGUCAACAAUACAAGGUUUUGGUCAAGGGAGCGCCCGACGUCCUGCUUCCCCUCUGCACAAAAUACUUGUCGACCCGGGGCGGCGAGGUGCGUGAUUUGGAUGCAGAAGCGCGCGCGGCGCUCAAAGGAUUCCAGGACAAGAUGUCGCGCCGAGCAGAGCGCGUCAUCCUCCUGUGCGAGAGCACUUUUGAGCCCAAGAACGUCCCCGGCACCAACGCCUUCAGCGACGAGGUGGCGUCGGACGCCAUCAGGACCGGCCUCACCGUCAUCGCGCUGCUGGGCAUCAUCGACCCGCCGCGGCCCGAGACGGCACACACCAUCUCGGAGUGCCGUCGCGCGGGCAUCCGCUUCUUCAUGGUCACGGGAGACUACGGCCUCACGGCGGCGGCGAUCGCGAGAAACAUUGGCAUCUUCCGCGGCGGCAACGAGCCCGACACGGUCAGGGCGGUGCAGUCCGGGGCCACGCCGAGGGCGGAAGAGAUGCGGCAGAUGCGGAAGCAGGACGAGGGCGGCGACGGCGAGGUCCGCAGCCUGCUGGUCGAGGGCCCCGAGAUCGCGACGCUGUCGACUAGCGACUGGGACGUGGUGUGCGAGUACCAGGACGUCGUGUUUGCGCGCACGACGCCCGAGCAGAAGCUCCGCAUCGUCACGGAGCUGCAGGCGCGACACAACGUCGUGGCCGUGACUGGCGACGGCGUCAACGACGCGCCGGCCAUGCGCAAGGCCGACGUCGGCGUCGCCGUCAUCUCGGGCAGCGACGUGGCCAUCGAGGCGGCCGACCUGGUGCUCAUGGACAAGUUCGACUCCAUCAUCGACGCCAUCCGGCUCGGUCGGCUCGUGUUCCAGAACCUGCAGAAGGUCAUCUCGUACCUGCUCCCCGCCGGGUCGUACUCGGAGAUUGCGCCCGUGGUCCUGAACGUCUUCUUCGGCACGCCGCUGCCGCUCUCGGCCUUUCUCAUGAUCAUCAUCUGCGUCUUCACCGACCUGUUCCUCUGCCUGUCGCUCAUCAUGGAGAAGGCAGAGUUCGACCUGCUGGCCGUGCCGCCGCGCGACCACCGCCGCGACCACCUCAUCAACGCCCGCAUCUACGGCCAAGCCUACCUCUUCACCGGCACCAUGGAGACCACGGUCGCGCACGCCAUGUUCUUCCUCUACCUGUGGCGGUACGCCGGCAUGCCCGCCCGCGAGCUCUUCUUCCUGUACGAGGGGUUCGGCGAGGGGUACCGGGGGUACACGCAGGACCAGCUCAACGCCUUCGUGGCGACGGGCCAGAGCGUCUACUUUGUCACGCUCGUCAUGCUGCAGUGGGGCAACAUCCUGGCCGUGCGCAACCGCCGCAUGUCCAUCGUGCAGGCCGACCCCUUCACCAGGCAGCGCAGGAACCCGUGGCUGCCGCUGAGCAUGGUGCUGAGCCUGGCCAUCGCCGUGUUCGUGACCCAGACCCCGGGCAUACAGGACCUGUUUCUGACCGCCACCGUGCCCAUCGAGUUUUGGUUCAUUCCCAUCCCGCUGGCCCUGGCCAUCCUGCUGGCAGACGAGGGGAGGAAGCUGCUGGUGCGCUUGUUCCCCAAGGGGCACGUUGCCCGCGUCGCCUGGUGA